AUGCCUGACACCAUGAUUGCCGAUGAUCUCGAAAGAGGUUUGCAUUCAAGAUCAUCAUCUAGUAGUUCGUUAACUAAUGAGCUCGAAUAUAUCAACCAAUUUGCCUACAAUAAUGCCCGUGGGUCAUUAAAUCCAAAAACGCGCUCUAGAGCCAACUCUUCAGAAAACCCAUUCGCCGAUGAUCCAGAAAAUGGCUUUUUGGAAGACGAACCAAAAUAUGAAAACUAUCCAAAGCCAAUAACCAAAAGAAGCAUAUACACUAUCACUGGACUUGUAUUAGUGGUAUGGCUUACAGCCCUUCUUACUUACUCAAGGCUCCCAAGGCACCUGAGUCCAGAGAGCGCGUAUAAAGGUUAUGACACUGCCACUGCCUUCGGAAUCAAUAAUAAUAACACAGCCAUAGCAACAAAAACAACAACAACAACAUCAUCAUCAUCAUCAUCAUCAUCAUCAUCAUCAUCAUCAUCAUCAUCGAAUGAUGUUGUCGCUUCUUUUUCUGGUCUUCAAACACUUGACUUAUCCGCUUACCGCAGUGGGAAGUUUUUUGUAUUUGAUAAUAAUUACCAUUUCAUUGAUCCACCUUCCAGUCACAAGUCUUCGGAUGAUGAAGGCCUUUAUUACGGUUUAACUAAAGAAAAUUUUGUCGCUAAAAAAAUCAGCGAUUCUGAAUUUUCUAAAACUAUUGUCCCAAGAAAAUUCACCUAUGAGUCAACUUCUUACCGUGUCUUUUCCAUUUAUCCAACUUUUGACUUGAAAACAGUUAUUGUUACCACUAACGAAGAAGUCCAAUGGAGACAUUCAAGAUUCAGUCAUUUUUUCAUUUACGAUGUUGCUUCACAAAACUUCCAGCCAUUGUACACAAUUAAUGAUAGUGGUAAAGAAGUUAUCCCAAAGAUUAGUUUUGCACAAUGGUCACCUAACUACAACUACAUUUCUUUUGUUUACCAAAACAACAUUUAUCUUAAAACUAUGGCUACUGGAAAAAUUACCCAAGUUACUAAUGAUGGUGGUGAAAACAUUUUCAAUGGCAAACCAGAUUGGGUUUAUGAAGAGGAAGUCACUGCCUCUGAUCGUUUACUUUGGUGGUCACCAAAUGAAAAGAACUUUGUUUUUGUCAAGACUAAUGAUACCAAUGUUCCAGUCUAUGAAAUCGACUAUUACACCAAGAAUGUUGAUUCGAAAUAUCCAACUCAUAAACCAAUUAAGUACCCAAAGCCAGGCUACUCUAACCCGAUUCUUGAUGUGUUCAAUUAUAACAUUGAAAACGAUGAAAAACAUCUUCUUGAUCACAGUGAUAACGAUGGACAAGCUCUUGGUAAAGAUUAUAUCGUAUACGACGUUUUUUGGCUUAAUGACAAUGACUUUAUUUGCAAACAGUCUGACAGAGAAUCCAACAUUUUACAUUACCGCUUGUACGAUCACAAAUCUGGAUCGUCUAAAGUUGUCAGAAAAGUUGAUGCUGUUAAAGAAUUUGGCGGCUGGAUUGACAAGACUCAUGUUGUGGUAAUUCCGGCUAAUCCUAAUACUGGUCGUGAUACCGAUGGCUAUGUUGAUAUUAUUGUUGACAAGAACGGUUUCUCUCAUCUCGCAUAUUUCAAAUCUUCCUCUUCUUCUCCUUCUAUUGUGCUCUCACAAGGUGAUUUUGAUGACAAGACUUCUCAUUUGGCAUUUGACUAUGAUAAAAAUAUCUUGUAUUUUACAUCAACAAAACAAUCUUCAAUGUCUUCUCACCUAUAUUCUGUGCUCCUUGAUUCCAGUGCAGAACUUACUGCUUUGACUAACGACGAAGAGCUCGGUUACUAUGAAGCCUCAUUUUCUCCUAAUUCCAAAUAUCUUAGUUUAAAUUACAAGGGACCCCGUAUGCCAACCCAAAAGAUUGUGGACCUCCAUGCUGAAAACUCCCAAUAUUUCACUGAUAUUAAAUCUAUCACUGAUACUUCUAGUGCGGACAAAGCCCAUACUGAAUAUGCAGUUCCAUCAAAACAAUACCUUGAAAUUGAAGUUGAUGUAGUCAACAAAGUCUCUGUGAAUGUUCUUGAAACUAAGCCACAAAACUUUGAUCCUAAAAAGAAAUAUCCACUUCUUGUUAACUACUAUGGUGGUCCAGGCUCUCAACGUGUGGAAGCCAAAUAUGGUGUUGGAUUCUCCGAAGUGGUUUCGUCGUCCCUUGACGCUAUUGUUUUACUCAUUGAUCCAAGAGGUACCGAUUCCAAGGGAUGGAACUUCAAGAAAUGGGCUCGUAAUGCUAUUGGUGAAUGGGAAGCUCCAGAUAUUAUCGCUGCUACCAAAAAGUAUAUUGCUGAAAAUGACUACGUUGAUGCUGAUCGUACAGUUGGUUGGGGUUGGUCUUACUCUGGUUUUGUCACAUUGAAACUUCUUGAAAUGGACACUGAACAGGUAUUCAAGUACGGUGCUGCUGUUGCUCCUGUUACCGAUUGGCGACUUUAUGACUCUAUUUAUACCGAACGUUAUAUUAACACUCCAGAACACGAUCAUGAAGGCUACAAGUUUGCUACUGUUGGUUCUAGUGAUGACUUCAAAUUUGAAAACUUCAAGCAAAAGAAGAGAUUCUUGAUCAUGCAUGGUACUGGUGAUGAUAACGUUCAUAUCCAAAACACCUAUGCACUUUUGGAUAAGUUGAAUUUGGCUGGCGUUGAGAACUUUGAUAUGAAAAUUUUCCCUGAUAGUGAUCACAGUAUUUACUAUCAUAAUGCUAACACAAUUAUUUAUGACAAGUUGUUCAACUGGUUCAAUGAUGCCUUCAAUGGCUCUUUGGAUAAGUUGAGUGGUUGA